AUUCUAGCUGAAAUAAUAUACUGUUUCAGUUUCUUUCAUUUACAAAUGAUUUUAGUGUAAAAUAAUCUAUUAUUUUUUAAUAUGUAAAUCAUGAAGAAACCACAAUAUAUGCCUCCAUAAACACUCAAGUCUUCCAUAUUACUUUGUGAUAUAUUACAAAAUUUGUCUUCCAUUUUUGUAUUAAUUUGUCUUCCAACAUUUAAAAUUGUGAUAUAAUUAAUUGAAUUAAGUUAAACAUAAGAAAAGAAAUCGUAAUUAACUAUUUGAUUAAGUUUAUGCAGUUUAAACUAAAAUAACUUAAAGCAAUGUCUGAAUCAAAAAUCAAUGAACAACAAUGUUUUAAAAGAGUAUGGAGUAAAACAUUAAAGUCAGUCUUCAAAAACUCUAAUGAUUCUAUUAUUACAACUGAAGCAGAGUCUUUUCAACAAUUGAAUGUCAAUAUUAAUAAGAAAAGGACUAGGCGCCGCCGAAAAAAAAAAGUGAACCAAAAAAUGUGUGAUUGUAAUUGCAGUAAUAAAUUAAAUAUGUUAGGUGCUGAAUUAUUAAAAAAUAAUUCCAAUAAGUCUAUUUAUCACCCUAACACAUAUUUGAGCUUUCUUAAUUCAUUAUACUUAAAUAGAUUACAUUUUGCUGACAUAAAUGUGCUAAAAUCAUUUGUAAGUGUGAAGGACACCCAUCAAUAUGCUGAUGAACAGUUGAAGAAGAAUGCUAGAUUAAGAGAUGCUUUUGGUAUAUCUGAAUUCUUCAUUGAAGGUUCUAGUUUAGACCCAGAAAGAAAAGCAAAAGAAGCAGCACUAGCUCAGUUAAAGGCAUUACAGGUGGAACAAACAGUUGUUCAAACAGAAACUAAAGAUACUGUAAAUAAAGAUGGUAGUACAAAAAUUGAAAUACUCUCAAAAAGUCCAAAACAUAAAAAAAGAAAGAAGAAGAAGUCUAAGUCCCACAAAACAGACAAAGUAAAAAGUGAGGAAAAAAAGAAAUCUAAAAAGCAUAAAAAGAAGCUCAAGUCAACUGAAGAGAAUAGUCCUAGUAGUAAUGAAGAAGAGUUCAAGAUAAAUAAAAGUUCAUCAAAAUUAAAAAAUAGUGAAGAAUCUAAGAAAGUAAAUCUAAGUAAAGCUGAAGGAAAUAAUAAAAAAAGUAUAAAAGAGUCUGAAGAAUAUUUAAAAAAACAUCAAAAAGACAUUGAAAAAAAUCAUAAAUUAGAUUAUAAAGAAAUUGAAACUAAGCAUAAAAGUGAAAAAGGAGAAAAUGUUAAAAGAGAUUCAUCAAAAUUACAUGAUAAAAAUGUAGAAGAAUCUUAUAAACAUAAAUCAAAAAAUUCACAAGACCCAAAAAAAUAUCAUAACUCUCGUAGAAGCAGAUCAACAGAAAAAGAACGUGAAAGGUAUAAAGAACGAAAUAAUAGAGAGUAUGAUAAAUAUUCACAUAAAUCCCAAAAGAUCCAUGAUGAAAUAAAAUUUAAUAAGAAUAAAGAUAAUUAUGAAAAAAAACACGAGAGAAAUAUUAAAAAGUCUUUUUUAAAAAAAAGUGUUAGUCCAAUUAAAGAAAGUAGAUCAAUUACACAACGUGAAAAAAUAACUUGUGUUGACUCAGAUAGUGAUCGUUCAUGCUAUACACCUCCACCUAAAAAAAUGAACACCAGCAUUAAGUCUAAUACCUCUAAGGGCAUUGGAGAUAAAGAUGUGAAAAGUACUAAGUAUACAUUUUCACUUAGAGAUACUAGUGAAGAUCAUGUAUUUGAAUCUAAAUCUAAUGGAAAAUUAGAAGAAUCAAAACGUUCCUCUAAAAAUGAUGGUAAGAUCUCUAUGCAACUAAAAAGACUUGAUACUAGGAAGACUAAUGAAAAAGAUGUUCUAUCAAUUGAAUCUGAUGAUGGAGAUUUUGAAGAAGAUAUAGAUUUAAAUAUAAUUAAGGAAAUUACUACUGAAAAGAUAAAAAAAGUAUUUGAACUACAUGAAAAACAAGAGCAAGCUUUAUUACAUCUAAAGAAAAAAAUAAUGGAAAAAAAAAAUAAAGCUAAAGUUUUUAAUAAUUCAAGUGAAAGUUCAGAUGAAGAAACUGAAAGAAAUAAAGCUCUCAAAAGAGGUCGUAACAAUGAACCAUCUUCUAGUUCUAGUGAUGAUAAAAAAACAAAGAAAAAAAUCAAACAUUCACAUUCCAGUAGUAGUAGUAGUAGUAGCAGCAGCAGCAGCAGUAGCAGCAGUAGUAGUGGAAGUUUGAGUGAAAACAGUAGUGUAGAUUUUAAAAAGUCUUCAAAAAACCAUCCAGACAAAUCAUUUAAGAAAAAAUCAUCAAUAUCGCAUAGGCAAGACAAGAGUAAAUCUCGCUCAAAAUCUAGAUCAAUUAGCUCCAAAGAACGGUCAAGAAAGAAACGAGCUUCAUCAAGUAGUGAUUCUAGCCCAGAGCGUAAGCCUAAGUCUUCUAAACAAACACGUUUGUCACUUGAAAAAAAAAGAAGUAGAGAUUGUAGUAGCUCUUGUAAUUCUUAUUCGUCUUAUAAAAAAAAGAAAAGAAGUUACUCUUCUAGUCUUUCGUCAACGAGUUCAUCAAGUAGUCAAUAUUCACGCAGCUCUAAUAGUUCUAGUGAUGAUACUAGUAGUUCUGCUUCUAACAGGAGUUCAAAAUCCCGAUCUGCUUCAAUACCUAGAAGACGAGGGUCACCAAGUUUUUUGGACAGAAGAAGAAUAACAAGUGCAAGAAAAAGACCAAUUCCAUAUACAAGACUAACACCAUUUUCUACUAAUUCUGAUUCAGAUAGUGUUAUAAGCGUGCAUGAUUCACCAAUUGUUGAAUGCCAUUAAUUUGGAAUUAACUAUGUACAUUUAUGUUUUUAUAAUGUGCAAUAAUAAUUUAUUAUUAAUAUUUUUAGGAUAAUCGACUAAUUAACUAAUUUAUUAAGCAUCAAUAUAAUGAAUGAUUUGUAAAUAAGUUUAUAGUUAGAUUAUUAUUCUUUUAAGGAAAUUGAAAAUAACAAUUAACCAAAUCUAGUCUUUGUUUUUCAUGUGCAUUCAAUUUUUGUGAUAUUUUUUAAUUUUACCAAACUAUUACAGUAAUUUCAUUGAGAUGGUUUACCAAUAAUACUUCAUUAUUAUUAAAAAAAAUUGUGUUGUAAGGUUAUAUAAAUACAUGUAUGGAUGGUAUUUGUGAGGUAGUCUAGUUCAAUUUUGACUUUUUUAAAUAAUUUACCAAUUUAAUUGAAAAAUUUAGACUAUUUAGCAGUAUCAAUAUUAGUUCCAUAUUUUGGUUAUAUUUUUUUUAAUAAAAUUUGAUGUCGAAUAGACUAUUGGGUAAAAAUAUUUUGUGUUUUUGUUUUCUUUAAAAAGUUAAAUGUUUUACUUGACUACGUUCUCACAGAAAUUAUCUUAAAAAUCUAUUAAAAUUAUUAACUUUUUGCGUGGAGUGAAAGCAUUCAUUGUCAUUAAUAUUAAUAUUAUAGCCUAUAACUGUUUUGGUUACAAAUAAAUUUAUGUAGAAGCUAUAUAACUAAAUCAGGAAUAAAUUGUUUUUUUUUUAAAUUUUUAUAAAUACAAACUAAAUUACUUGUAAAAGUAUUAAAAAUGAUAAAUUAGAUGUGCAUGUUCAUUAUUGUUUAA